AUGAAGAUCCUACUAGUCCUUAUUAGUCUAUUAACCAGUCAUCAUGGUUGCCAUGCUUUAUGUUAUGAAGUCUCAAGCUCCUCUCAACUCUGGAGUAAAAUCAAUUCACUCCAAGCAGGAGAUGAAUUGUUGAUUCGAGGAGGAUCCUACACGACCAAUGUUGGAGGUUAUUAUAAACUUGUAACAUUGAGAGGAACCUUAAAUCAACCCAUUCGAGUCUUUGCUCUCUCCAAUGAAACUGUUUUAAUCUCUGGUGAUGCUGCUGCCUCUCAGAAUAUUGUGAAUUUGGAUGUUGAAUAUGUCGUGUUUGAGAAUUUGAGAUUUACAUUGGGAAGUCGUGGAGUGAGAUUGCAACAUGCUCAACAUUCCAAGUUUUUAAAUUUGAAAGUGGAUAAUGCUGGAGAUGCUGCAUUCACAGCCAAUGAUUCUGGACAAACUUAUUUGAAUUUGACUAUUCAAGGAAAUGAAAUUAGUAACACUCGAGGAACUGGUGAAUGUUUUUAUUUGGGAUGCAACAAUGCUGCAUGUAAGAUGAUUGAUUCAAUCAUUGAAAAUAAUUAUUGUCAUGACACAAAUUCUGCUUCACAGGGAGAUGGUAUUGAAUUAAAAACUGGAUCUUAUGGAAAUAUCAUUCGAAAUAAUGUCAUUGUCAAUACUAAAUAUCCAGGAAUUACUCUCUAUUCAACUUAUUACACCAAUUAUGAUGCCAAUGAAAAAGCAUUGGCCAUUUCAAAACCAAAUAUCAUUGAAGGAAAUAUUAUUUGGAACAGUGGUGAUAAUGGAAUUCAAGUGACUGGAAAUGCCAUUAUUCGAAACAAUAUUGUCAUGAAUUGUGGAUCAAGUUGUAUUGCCAUUCAACUCAAUCAAGGUGUUGUUGAAAAUGUCAAAAUUCUUUUCAACACUGUUGUGACAGCCAGUGGUGGAGCAGGUUUAAGAGUCACCAAUUCAGGUCCAGGAAUUGUCAUUGCCAAUAAUGCUGCUUAUAGCAACACUGCUCUCUAUGCUGCUCAAACUCUUCCAAAUGAUGCCAUUGUCUUGAAUAAUGUCAUUCAAGGUUCCACCAACAUUCUCACUCUCAAUGCCACUUUGAAAAUUGGAAAUUUGAAUUCUGAUUUUCAACAAACUUCAACACUUCCUUACAAUCUCUUUCCAACUUCAACAAGCUCUGUAUUGGGAAAGGCAUCUCUCUCACAAAGUGUGAAUUAUGAUUUUAAUGGAAAUUCAAAUCCGCAACCAUCACCAAAUACAUCUGGCAAGGGUUCACCAAAGGCAAAUAAUGCAGUCACUUUAUCAGCAAAUAUGCUCUUAUUGGUUGUUAUUGCUUUCACUGCUUUAUGUAUCAUGUAA